GUCAUGAUUGCGUCAAGGAAAGGCGCCAUUUACCUAAUCGGAAUCCACAUGGUGCCCAACAUUGUCGGCAUCGUGCGCUUUUCUUACGGCUUUCACAGGACUGGGGCGCAAACAGAAGGGCUCGUAUUGGACGUGUUGCUUGGCGCCGAAUGCUUCUUGAACAUCAUCAGCGACGCAGCGGUCAUCCGACUCCUUUGGCAGGCGGAGAAAUCAAAAGCAACUAGCGCAGGUCAUGCGGCAGUGUCGACCGUUCUGCGCGCAUUCGUGGCGUGGAACACUGUGGCGAUGCUUUUCUGCUGCGGUGCCAACCUGGCCGGCCUGCGUUACCCGCCCAAGUGGUACACGGAACAGGACGCAGAUAAGAUUACCUUGGAACAGCAGGUGAAGAUUGUCGUGAUUUGGAGUCCCUGCAUUAUAAUGGCUGGCUUCUGUAAGCUGUACUACACGACGAAGCUGUACGCCUUCUACAAAGUGUACGAGUCGACCGGAGGCAAAGCGUUUGACGGGGCAGCCGAGGUCCGCGCGACUCCUGGCGACCUGAGCCAACACGGUGGUCACCCAACAACCAGGCCACAACGUAGCAUCCCGCAGCCAGAGAUUGACCCGGCUAUCUUCCGUGACCCGACGCCGAUCUUUCCAGCUAGCGGCCUGUCUUCCUUUGUUCCGUCACCCGCGCACCCGCAGAUGUACCCUGCUGGGCUUUCACGCUUCAUUAUCACGCCGGUACCUGCGUCGCCCGUGGGGGCCGCGUCCAGAUCGCCAGGCCGAAUCCCCGUUGGACCCGGCUUUCCUCCGACCCAACAACGUCUGACGUCCAGCGGUCCAAUAUCCAACGCCCUGACGCCUAGUACGCCGACACCCAUCGCCCAGACGCCGUCCCGCGGUUCGAAGUCUAGUGGGGGGACGACGUCCAGCGCGUCUAGGAGCGGCGAUGCGAGAGUCCCGCAGACGCUCGAAACGCCGACACCGGCCUCGAGGACUCCGACAGCGAGUGGCGCGGUGUCCACGGCGCCGGCGACGUCGUCCCAGCGGUCUACCCCCGGUGGUCCGAUGACCCCAUAUGCUAACGUCGCCGUGGACCGCACGGCCGUCGGCGUCAACGCCGCGCGAAGCGAGCAGGAAGUGCCCCCUUCCCGCGUCAUGAAGGCGCGACGCCCGGUCCCGCCUCCUCCUGCGGGGACUCGCAAAAGCAAGAAACACCGCUGAGUUGACGGGGACGCGCGCCAGCGCUGACGGAAUUUUUCGCUCUUCGCGCCAUUUUUCUUCUCUAGCUGUACGACGCUAUAAAAAUAUUGUUUUAUUGACGGUCAACUGAUACGAUUGCUGCGAUUAAACCAGACGCGUGCAGAAACGUGGCAUACCUGAAA